AUGCCUAUUCUCAGGCGCUCCACCAAGCUCCUCGACCGGGCGUGCAACGGCGCCGUCCUCCCCAUCCCCAAGACCUUUACCGGCAACAACGUCCCCUUCUCGCUGAAGAAGACGCGCCGCACUUGGCGUCCCAAUGUUCGCCGCAUCGACCUGCCAGUCAGCGUCCUCGGCAAUGCCGUGAGGCAGGUCCUCAGCGACGAGCAGGAGGGCCUCACUGCCCCCGGUACCCGCGAGUACCGCUACCCGGCACUUAAGAGCGUCAAGAUGACCAACCGUGACGUUCGCAGUCUGUCCAAGGCUGGUGGUGUCGAGGGUAUGCUGCUCUCUCGCCCGCCCACGCACUUUACCUCCUUUGGCCGCUCGCUCCGCCACCAGCUGUUUGAGGAGCUGCACAUGCUGAGGCAGGACAUUGCCGCCGGUGCGAACGAGGAGACCUUUGAGCUGGAAGCCCCCGAGGCGUCGUCCCACCCGGCCAUCAACGCGCCGCGCAAGUAG